AAAACAAAAUUGAAAGCAAAACGCAACCACACACCUUGCUUUGCCCGAAAAAAAAAAUCCAAUCGGAAUUGAAAGAUACUCAUCGCCGGAAUGCCCCCCGCCGUGUCCAACGUUGAUGGCCGCCACUCGUUAAGCCAGAUCCUUGCAGAAUUCUUCAAGUUCGCCGUGGACUCCGCCGUCGACGGCUACCUCAAAAUCAUCCCUGGUAGAAAGCAUGCAGAUAAGAUGGUGCGGGAAGAACUGAUAAAUAUACCAAUGUCGACACCAUUGAAGACCAAGAAACACCUUGAUAAAAAGGUUGCAAAUGAACUCUUUUUUGAAACAAAAGUGGAGGAAGUGAAGGAAGAGAUGAAUAAUAUAAAGCAGCAGUACAAAACAUCAAACAAACUUGUUGAAGAUUCACAGCCUCCAAACAAAAUGGGUGAUAAUGGCUUUAAGGGAAUUAAUCUAAUACAGAAAGAUGAGAAAAGAGUAUUCAUCCGGUCUCGUCUUUAGACGGCUUGUCUAUAGAAUGAAACUUUCUUAAUAGCAACACAAUCUUUCCAUCACUUUAAUAAUGGAUUUCUCAUAAAAUAGUAGGAUCUGAUAUGAGUUUCACUCAAAUAGAGAUGUUGGUGUGUGAAUAUUGCUAGCAAAGACAGUGUAGUAUAGUGUUUUGUUUGUCUUUUUUCUCUUCUGAUCAUGGCUGAAGCUGAGUGAUUUCAUAGGUCCUGUAACUCGUUCUUCCUAUAAUAUGUAGUGAUAUAUGAUGUAUUUCAUUUACAUGGUGUAAUUUUACUCAACUUUUACACGGAGUUAAAUAUAGAGUAAAAUAAAUGUUUUCUCAUUUAUAAUGUUAAGCUUAAUUGACAUGUAAA